AUGAUUCGAUAUUGGUCUAGUACUUUCUUUAAAAAAGAUCAAGAUUCUAAUACAGAAUAUGUUCUUCCUAAUAGUGCAUGGGCAAAAUUCUUGCACACAAUUAAGCUCUGUUUCGAGCAAAAUAUCAAUACAUUAGAGCUAACACAAAUUGGUCAACUAUUCUGUGAUUUUGUUACACAUUAUGAAAGAGAAUAUCUUCAGAAUAAUCCUAGUCGUCUCUUGGCAAUACUUAUUUCUUAUCAUUAUUUGCUACACAUCUCCGCUUCUAUUCGCAAUACAGGACCUGCAUGGGCAACUAAGCAAUAUCUGAUGAAGAGGUUAUGUGAAAUACUAUUACCUCUAAUGCGCUCUAAACAGCAUCUUUAUACAAAUCUUCAGAAAUAA